GGAGUUCUCGGCUUUAGGCCCGGGCUUCGGACAGGCUUCGAGAAACCUCGCAGCGCACAGGCGGAUCUCGGAACAGUUCCCCUCGCAGGCCUCGGUGCGACCAGAGACGGCCAGCCACGCGGCUAAGAAGAGGAGCCGCGGCCAACGCUCCAGGGGAGAGCGUCGCACGCAGGAGGCUUCCUACAGAAGGGAGUUCAAAGGCUGCGUUCUCAAGAAGGUAGACAGCGGCGAGGAGCUCACGGAGGAGGAAACGACCUUCUACCACAAGUGGGUGAGAGAGCUCAUUGACCAAGUGCCUAAGGAUCUCCGCACGGAGGCCAUAGAGCAGUGCGAACGCUGGAACGACCCGAAGAUGGCGAUGGAGGAGGUUCUGGCGAGGCUCACGGCUAUGGAGGCUCAGCUCCAAGCAGCGAGCGCAGAGAACCAGCAGCUGCGGGCGGACCUCGCCUCAGCAGAGGCCUCUCGGGCCAGCGCAAGCAGCGCGGCGCAGACCGAGAGGAGGGCGCCAGACGACAAGGCGCGCCGGCUGGCCGCCGGCACCGCGGACACCCGGGUCCUAAACAAACCCGGGAUGUUCAGCGGAAAAGAGUCCGACUGGGCUCUGUUCAGCCUCGUGUUCCGCGCAUGCGCGGGGGCCAUCUCGCCGAGGAUGCAGUCCCUGCUUCGGCGCGCUGAGGACUUGCAGCAGCCCAUAAAGCGCGGAGACUUAGCCCGGGGCGACGACGCCCUGGACAAGCAGCUGCACUACAUCACCACUCUGAUGGCGGAGGGCAACGCGUUGCUAAAGGUCAAGAAGGUGAACGAGGGGGAAGGGCUGAAGCCGUGGAGGCCCCUGGCGCAGGACUACGAGCCGAAGCAGUUCAAGAGCCGGCGGAUGGUGCAGCACCAGGCCGUUCUCGGCUACGCCGCCGAGGACGCUGACGUCUGGGUAGUCUUAGACAAGUUUGAAGACUUAGUCAAGAGGUACGAAGAUGGGUCCGGGAAGACCGUAGACAACGAAACGAAGGCUGGCGUGAUUCUCCGCGCGUUAGCGAACAGAGACGCAGACCAGCGGGAUCUGUCGAAACAUCUCGUUCUGAACUGCAAUCAGAUCGAGACGCACGAGCAGAUCAAGCAAGAGUUGCGGGAAAUCGUCGGCGCGAACCGGUUUCUCGGGCGGUCUGCGGGCGGUCUGCACGUUCUUGAUAAAGGGGGCCCGAAUGGAGGCGGACGAGGACAGGCUGGCGGGAAGGGCGGCGACGGUAAGUUGCAGCUUACCAUCAAGUUUCAGGGCGACUGUUGGGCUUGCGGCAAAACCGGCCACAGGGCCAGCGAGUGCCGGAGCAGCCCGGCAGCCGAGGCCAAGGCGAAACCAGUUGGGAAGGCAAAACCGAAGGCGGCAGCCAAGCGUUUUGCUGGGAACUUUUCGGGAAACUGCGACUACUGCGGCAAACCAGGCCACAAGGCCGCAGACUGCCACAAGAAGCACGCGGACGCCGCAGGAGCAACUAGGACAGGCACCGGGGAGCCGAGCAAGAAACGCACUCGAGCAGAGAUUUCCUAUCUCGAACAGCAGCUGGCGGCGCUCUCGCUGCAG